CUUACUGCGCGUUUGUUACAACCAUGUCGAGUUGUUUUAUUUUGUUGUUCAGCCUUGUUUGUUGUAUUUCAAUCAGCCUCGUGGCAGCAUCAAAACCAUUGUCGAUUUUAUUGAUAGAGGCUCUUCCAACGAGCAGCCAUCACAUUUGGACGGUGCAUUUGAUAAAAGGAUUACUUCGCAAAGGCCAUCAUGUGCACGCAGUGAGCAUACACGAGACUAAGGUGGAAGGUAAACUUGCGCAGAACUUGACAUACUCAGUUUUCGAUGGUUUGAUAGAUGAAUUUGAAAAAUCUGAAGAGUUUAACCCGACUGUAUGGGCAGAAUACAGUGCAUUUUAUAUGUCAUAUUUUAUGUUCGAUUUGGGCAUCCAGACAUGUGACAUAGUGAUAGAAACUAAAGCAGCAAAGGAGCUUUUGGAAACGAUCAAGACUGUCGAGUUUGAUGUUAUAGUGCAGGAUAUCUCAUUACUUGAAUGUUUAUUUGGCUUAUGGGAGGUUGCUAAAGGUAAGCCACCUGCAGUGGGAUAUGUUCCGUUUGGCCCUGCACCUUGGAUCAAGGAUUAUGUCGGUGGUUCAAAUUAUCCAACUGUUCGGUCUUUCCCGUAUGUUGCUAUUGCGAAACCCGUAGGCUUAUGGCAGAGAACAUGGAAUGUACUAUAUUACGUUGCGGAUGAUCUUUUACGACAUUAUUAUUAUUUGCCUAUUAUUCAACGACAAACUGAGAAAUACAUGGGCCAUGCAAUCAGGCCAAUACAUGAUAUAGAAAAAGACAGUAUUAAUAUUGUGCUAAUCAAUAGUCAUUCUGCAUUUGACUCUGGGAUCCCAUUGCCGCCAAACGCUCUGGAGAUUGCAGGACUGAAUGCCCAGACCGUGCAACCGAUUGCCGGCGAGAAAGUCAUAACGUAUCCCGAGAAUAUGCGUAUAUUUCUUGACGAAGCAAAGAAUGGAGUCAUAGUAAUAUCCUUAGGAACAAAUGUGAAAUGGGAAUUUAUCGGAGUAGAUAAAGUUGAGGCUGUUAUACUGGCUCUGUCAAAAUUGAAGCAACGAGUGCUUUGGAAAUUAGAUAUUGAAAUGUCGUCUAAAAUACCGGACAAUCUAAUGAUUGUGAAAUGGAUGCCGCAAAACGAAGUUCUGUCUCAUAAAAAUGUGAGAGCAGUCUGGACGCAUGGUGGUCUUCUCAGCACGCAGGAAGCCAUUUGGAAAGGUGUACCAAUGAUCGUAAUGCCUUUCUUUAUGGAUCAAAAAUCCAAUGCAGAAAUGUUAGUAGCUAAAGGAGUUGGCACAUAUUUGGACGUUAGAAAUUUUACCGUACAGAACGUAUUGUAUGCAAUUGAAGAAGUACUUUACAAUGAAAGUUAUACAAGAAACAUGAAAAAGUUAUCUAGUGAAUUCCGAGAUCGACCAUUACCGCCUUUAGAUUUAGCUAUUUGGAGCAUUGAAUACGCCGUCCGUCAUCCAAAUGGAAGUUUAGCAACGCCACUUAGAUCUCAGAGCUGGAUAGAACAGAAUCUAAUCGAUGUCUAUACAUUUUUAUUCUUUAUUCUUACCAUACUAUUAUUAAGUACAUACUUUACAAUAAAGAUAAUUAUUAAUUUAUGCUGUAAUUACAUGUAUACAUCUAAAUUGAGUAAAAAGAAACAAGCAUAAUAUUAACAGACAUUGCACGUAGUUAAUACAAUUCGUAUUAAUUGUACUGCGAUAUUAUUGCAAUUAAUUACUAUUAACUGUGCAAUUGAUUAAUAUAAAUUAUUAAUUAUAUUAAUCUAAAAAAGUAAAUUUAUUGUACAAAUAUAGAAAACAUAAUAUUAAUUGUAAAUAAAUGUUGUAAUUGAUACUAUUUCAUUUCAUAUUCAGUAUUAAAAA